AUAUUUGUUGUGUUUGUAUAUAUGUAAUCUCUUCAGAAAGGAUGGUUUUAUAGGGGAAAGCAGAUCCGAUCUCGAAGUUGUGAAACAGGUUGGAGUUUUUCUGGAGAAAUUCCAAGAUCCACUUUAAUUUCUCAGAACGUAAGCUCAUCAUAAACACAUACUACAGUUUGACGAUCCAGUUAGUCAUGUUCGUUGACAAGUUUCUGCUGCCUCGAUUCCUGGUUCUUGAACUAGUUCUUGCUUCACACUUCUUCCAGUUUACUAAAGCUUGUUUAUUAAACCGCGGCUCCGGACCAGGAGAUGGAACUGAAUCCUGUUUGAUCCCACUGGAUAGUUCUGACUGGAAACAUAAACCUUUGUUUUAUACUCAAAACAGGGAUUGGAUCUACCCUGAUGCAGGACGAAUUCUCCGGGUUGUAUCAGGAGAAACUAUUCUUCUCUCUUGUCCUGGUUCCUCUCUUAUAUAUUCAUCCUCUCCUUCCCUCCUUGUAUUAUGUAAAGGAACAGAACUUCAGGUUAAAAAUACGAAAGUACGGGAGAGCCAGCUCGGAUGUGUUAAACCACCACGGAAUGAGGAACGGAGAACAGGAGAACCUUGUGGUCCGCUCCAGGUCGGAGAAAUAGUAGAGCUUGGAUACAAGGAGGAUUUCUCCUUCAAACCCGUCCUCAGCUUUUGUCAUGAGGUUGAUUCGGAGCAAACUUACUAUACACAGCAUACCUUGAGAGGUUCAACGCUUCAGUUUAACUCAAUUGAUCAGACCCGCCCUGCCUUCAAGGAAGGAAAAUUAUUUUAUAAGAAAAUCUCCGCUAGUGCCACUUACUCUCAGCGUAACCAGGAGAAGGUUCUAACCAGUAUUCUGGGUCAAGACAGGAGUAGAGAGCUCCUUAACAGUAGUUUCCUCGCCAGGGGUCAUCUUGCCCCAGACGCAGACUUUUUAUAUCAAGAUUGGCAGGAUGCAACCUAUUACUACGGGAACAUUGCUCCUCAAUGGCAGAGUAUAAACAAUGGGAACUGGAGAAGGUUGGAGAACUCUAUCAGAACCAAGGGAAAGAAAUUAUACCGGGACCUAGAAAUUUUCUCAGGAACCCUGGGUAUUCUCCAGGUAAAUGGAGAGACUGGGCUUCAGGAGAUAUGGCUAGGGACGGAUGGAAGUAAGAAAUAUAUCCCGGUUCCUGAAUACUUUUUCAAGAUUAUUGUAGACAGUGUUGAGAGUAAAUCUAUCGGGAUCUUCUGUACAAACAAUCCUUUUCUUGAACGUGUACUACGCAGUACAGUUCUAUGUACAGAUAUCUGUGAUGAGACGGGAUGGGGUGAUAAGUUCAAAAACAGAUUUGAGGUUGGAGAUGGAUUGAUAUUUUGUUGUUCUCCAGCUGAGAUGUAUUCACUAGUUCCCUGGGUUGGAGCUAGUAGUUUACGUUUACAGAACUAUACUGUUCUACACUUCUAGUCAGAUCUUAACCUAGAACCAAGGAA